AUCGAAAUCCGACUUAAUACUAUUGCCUAAUACAGGCAAAAAACGGGACGUAGUUACAUCGUUUUUCAGCCCAAAACAACCAGUGAUCAAAAAAAUCGAGCGUACUAUCAAAUACGAGACGAAGUUACAGCAGCAGCACAAAAGUUUAGACCACCGGGUACAUACCAUAUGUCGACCGUAUGAGAAAACUGGUUGAUGGUGAGACGACGUCUGCAGAUUCCGUGGCCUCCUUAAGCAGUUUCUACCUCUUCUUCCUCACCCCUCUAUACUCGCCUAACUAUCUUUGAUAGUAUAUGUAAGUAAGCACUUACAUACUUAUUCGUUCCCGAAGAAUUGACGCAGACUAUCUAAUCCUAUUGAUUAUCUCUGUUUCUUUAUCUUUCGUGAUUGUAAAUCAUUAUAUAAAUCUUUAUUGAAAAAAUUUAAUAGGUAACUAAAUAAUUAAAAUCUUAUUUUUGAGCUGGUUAAUUAAAUAUGAUUUUUUUUAGAAAAUAUGUGAAUAUGAAUUAUUAUAUAUGAUUAUAAAAUUUAUAAAUAUAAAUUUAAUUUUUUCAAAAAUUACUAUACAUUACUAUUUUAUAUAUUUAAAUAUUUUAUAUAUUUUUUUAAAUAACUUAUUAUUAUUUAAAAAUUAAAUUAAAUUUUUCUUUCUUCUUGAAAGAAAUCCAAAUUUUGUGCAAUUAAAAUUUCACUGUUCAUAUUCUUGUUGCAUCAAUAUUUUAUAUAUUUUAUUUAUAAAAUAAAUAUCAUGUUCCUUUUGUGAUAAACUGAUUAAGAUUCAUAGAUAAAAAUAAGAUUUUAUUUAUUUUUUCUUGUAGAAAAAUAUUUUAUAUCUAUAUCAACAUGAUCUAAAAAAAAAUUAGCAAUAUUAUUGUUAUGUCAUAAUUUUCUGUAUAUUUAAUAUCUGAACCGAGUUUCUCAAAUCCUUCGUCUGGCAAAAUGGUUGAAACCUGUAGUGGGGUAAACCCCCACUUCUGGUGAGAAUCUAAGUCGAGUCAAUCGAAUCGUCAACAGAAGAAUUGUCGAGAAAGUCUAACCAUUGAAAAAGUGGGAGAAAUUAAUAGUGGUGAUGGCACUUAGAAAUGGAAGUGGGAGAAAUACGGGUGUUCUAUUAUAUUGUAUUGUUUUGGUAAAGUUCUUAUCUUACUCUAUACUGUGAUAAUGCAAAUAGGACACCCGUUAUUUCUCCCACCUUCAUUUCUAAGUGCCACUACCACUACCACUUUCUCCCACUCUUCCAAUAAUCAGACUUUUCCCGGCAAGCUCGGUCGUCGAUUCGUCGAAUUUUGUAUUCAGUGCUUGAUGUACAGUGGAUUGGAAUGUAUCAUUUUUCUUUAUUUUUUGAAGAAAAAUUAUUAUUCAGGAAAAGUGUUAUCAACAUUUUCAAGUUCUGAAUUUAAAAAUUAAUAAUUAGUCUUUGGAAGGCUCAAUUAUUGAUGAUUAGAAUUUUAUCAAUGUGAUCACCGAUGAGUUUGAAUAAUAAUACAACGCUUCACUUUAUCAAAAAUUCAUUUGGAAAGAGUCAAUUUUGCAAAUUCCAUGAUCAAGGAUGCAAAUAUAUUUCUCACAUAAACAUCGAGAGACACAACACACUCGCUACAGAAUUCAGCCGGUUGAUGCAACAAGUGGUCGUUAUCGAAGUUUGUAAUCUAAGUGAAUCUAUACGUAUUUUGUUGGAAUUCGUAUACAUUCAUGAACAAGGAUCUCUAAAAGUAGUUCGAGGUCGAAUAAUUCUGUACGAAUCUUCAAAUUUCUCUUUAAGCUUGUGUCACACGCUGCAAGAAACCGAUUAUUUUUCGUCGUGUAACCUUAACUUGAUGACAUGAUCGAGAAAUCCGUUCGAGAAAGAAGUUGAAAAAUUUUAUUGACGUAUUUUAAUUAAACUUGAAAUGUUCUACUUAGUGAAAGUAGCACAUAUGUAUAGUGUGUUUUCUUUACAAAAAAUUUUCUAUGCUUUGUAAAGAAACUAUAAUUAUAAUUAAAUUAUAAUUUUUUUAAAUUUUUAUUCAUAGUGUAGUGUAAAUAUCUAUAGUAUCCUAUAAAAAGUGAAAAAUUAUAUGAAUGAAUUUUAAUGCUGUGUAUAAAAACGAUUAUAGAAAAACUAGAUUAUAUUUAUAUAUUUGUCGAUAACGAAGUUUGACUUUGUGAAAGAAAAGUAAUUUUAAAAAUGAAAUUUUUAUUGAUUAAGAUUUUGUUGAAAUUAUAUAUAAAGAACAUAUGAAAUGGAACACAGUGAAAAUUUUCGUUCAGUUUUAUGAAACUAAAUAAUUUUAUCCAGUGAAUUUAUAAUAUAAUUUAUUUAUAAAUUAAAUAAUUUUAAACUAUAUUAUCGAUUGGAAAAAUGAAACGAUAAAUCUUCGCGUUUUCGGGAAUAAUGUUUUUUCAAUUUCACUUGAAUGCCCAGUGAAGUGUGAAGAGCGACCAUGAUGAAGUUCAGAUCGCUGUUUCGCAGAGGCCAACAACAACCGCCGACGCAGUCGCAGCAGCAGCAACAACAACAGCAACAGAUUUCGCUGCGUCAGGCGCCAAGCGCCUCUUCACUCGAGGUGAAGAACGAGAAUUCAUCAGCAGACAAUUGGUGCUCCCUCGGUAAAGAAGGAGCUAAAGGAAACGCUAAAAAUAGUUAUAAUCCUAAGGGACCCACCAAAGGGUCCAGGAUGCAGGAUCUUGAACGGGAAAUUGAAGUGUUACGCAAGGAACACGUCCGACUCGAAUCAAGUUUACGGGAAGCGUCUUGUGAUGCUCAAAAUCUUCUUGAACUACGUGCCGAGCUUACCUCUCUCAAGGAACAACAUAGUUUGGAAUUAGAACGUCUUACUGAAGAAAAUGAAACUCUUCGAGCAAGACUUAGAGAUGUAGCUCAUUCUCCUUUAUCAGAUUCAGAAAAACAACAAUUACUUUUGGAUGCCUCAAGAUUACACAAUUCUGCACCAGCAUCAAUAGCAAUUCCUCAAGAUGAAGGAUCCAUAUCUGUUACAACUAUAUCCCAAGAUAAUGCUCAGUGUACUACCCCAGAUUGGGAUAAACAUUCUUCUAGUUCUGUAUCAGAAGUUUCUGUUGCAUGUCUACAAGAUAGAAUUUUGCAAAUGGAAGAAACUCAUUAUUCAACAAAUGAAGAGUUACAAGCAACAAUUCAAGAAUUAAGCGAUUUACAAGCUCAGCUUACAGAAUUACAAGCUGACAAUGAAAGAUUAACAGAAGAAAAAGAUGUGCUGUUAGAAUCAUUAUGUAGACAAACAGAAAAACUUGAAGACUCUCGUUCCAAAGUUGAUACAUUGCAAGGUCUAUUAUUAAGAGAAGAGCAACCUCAAGAAUCUUCCAAAGGAUAUAAUACAGAACGAGAACAGAAAUUAGUAGAUCUUCUAAAAAGUGCACAAGAAGAACGAGAAUCCUUGCUACAAAAACAAGAAGAAUUAACAUCCGAACUAAAAAGUCUUCGAGCAGCUGCAGAAAUCAAUGCCACAGAAACAGAACGAUUAACAAAAUGUGUCCAUUUGUUAGAAUCCUCGGUAGAGACAGCAAAUAUUGAAAGAAAACAACUAGAUAUGGAAUUAACAGAAGCUAGACAAGAAGGUGCAAAUCGAAAUAUAGAAAUCAGCAGGUUAACUACGCUAUUGGAAAAUGCCCGAGCGAAAAUUGAAGAAUUAGAACAAUCGAGACAAGUAGAAAAUAAAAGUGAAGCAGAUGAACUUUUAGAUGCUGCUAGAAGAGAAAAAGACACUUUAGAAACACAAGCGGCAGCCUUGCAAGAACAAUUAGCGCGUUCGCAUUGCGAUCACGAUCGUCUUAGAGAUCAAUAUUCACAACUUCAAGAAGAAUACAAAGUAGCGCGUAAUAAUGCUAAAUCAGCUAUUGAUGAUCUGGAAUACAGAUUGGAUCAAUUGAAAGACGAAAGAUUAUCUGUGAGUACAGAAUUACAACUUGUGAGGGAUUCCUUAGCAGAGUUGCAGGCACAAUGUCAAAGGCAUUUGGAAGAUAAAAGAGAAUUAAAGGCCGCAUUAAAUGAAGCUCAAAGGAGGGAACGCGAUAUUCAGUCACGCCAGUAUGAAUUAGAACAUGCUUUGACUGAAGAACGUAAAUUGAGACAAGAAGAAAUCACUGAAUGGGAACAGUUUCAGACAGAUCUAUUGAUGACCGUUCGUGUCGCAAACGAUUUUAAAACGGAAGCACAAAGUGAGUUAGAGCGAGUUGUAAUGGAGAAUAAAGCACAGAGAGAUAAACUAAGAGCAUUAGAAGCGCAACUUGAUAAGCUAAAUAAAGAAGAAAUUAAGCAUAAUUUUGAAAUAAAAAAUAAUUUAUUAGAAUCUAAUGAUUUUGAAAAUCGAUAUUUUUUCGAAAAACAAUCUUCAAUAGAAUGUGAUGAUUUUGAUAGAAAAAUAAAUAUAGAAACUUCCAAGAAAACGAAAUCAAACAAAUAUUUUGAUUUUACCGAAAACUAUUCGAAAUUUUACAUACCAAAUAUAUCAAUUUCAAAGGAAAAUGAAAUUAUAAAAUCAUCUUUAUUAAAAAACAUAAAAAGCAUUCAAAAUGUCGGAACAGAUUCUUAUGGUAUUGAAAUCUCUAAUAGUCAAGUUUUUGUUCCUAAAAAUUACAUAUAUUCCGGUAUAGAGAAUGCAAUGAAUGAUUUGAAAUUUGAAGUAGACCCAAACAUGAGAAAAAUAUUGCAAGAAAGUACUCAAACAAACAAUAAUUCAAUAAAUAUAAAUAAUUUUAAAAUAACUAGUACCCAAGAAUCUCAACAUUUAAAUGAGUCUAAAAUAGAAAAUGGGUUUGCAUCUGAUUCAAGAAAUAAAGAAAAUGCUUUUCUCAUGCAAGUUUCUGAAUUCAAAAAAUUAGAAGAAGAAUAUAAAAAUAAUUAUUUUUUAUAUAAAAAGCGUAGAUUUCUGAAAAAAAAUGAGUCUAAAAUUAGUAGUGAAAUUGUUGAUUCUCUUUUAGAUACUACUUAUAAACAAAAAUUAUUCUCUUCUACUUUGAAAAAUCGAAGCUUUUUUACUUCUUUAGAUAAUCUGAAUUUACAAACUUAUUCUGAUAAUUUAAAUAAUGAAAAUAUAAAAAAACUAAAGCAAAAAAAGGAAUUUAUACCUUAUAAUUAUGAUAUUGAAAGUGCAAUAUGCAAAAAAGAUAUCAAUGAUUCACUAUCUACAGAAUCAAAAAAUCUUUCAAUUGAGCCUUACUUAUAUCAAAAAUCAAAAGAUUUAGAUUCCUUAAAUCUUAAAAAAGAAGAUAUAAAGAGAGAAAAAUAUAAUACAUAUCCUAUUCUCUUUCCUUUGGAAAAUAUAUCUAGAUCUACUUUAGAUAGUCUGCCUUUCAAUUCACAAUUUGCAUUAAGGAAACUUAUAACAUCAUAUUCAAACAAAACUACUGCAGAAUUAGAUUCUACCUUGAUACAGAAAACUAUUGAUGAAACAAUGAGACUCGAUGAUGAGUUACGAAAGACUGAAAAAAAUUUAUCGCUAUGUGAAGUAAAUAGAUUAAAACGUAUGAAAUUCUUAAAUAUGAAUUUAUCUCAAUCUGAAUCAAAUGCAGAAACUAAUAUAAAUAAUUCUAUAAUCAUAUAUAAAAAAAAAAUAAAAAAUGAGAAUUUCAAUUUAAAUUCAGAUUCGAAAAUAAAUCAAAAUAAUAAUAAUUUAGCGUUCAAGAAUAAAUCUCUAAUAGGAAGGACUUCAUCUUUAAGAGAAAAAUUUGAGACGAUUAUCGAAGAUGUGGAUCUGAAACCAGGCCGACAAAUAGCUAAUCAAAAAGUAAUUCAGCAAUCACAACAAAGACCAGCGAGUACACCGAUUGAAACCCAACAUUGUGUGUUGACGAGUGUUCAACAGGAGAUUGCUGCACGUCGAAAAGCUAAUAUUUCUCGUCAAGAUUCAAGAUUAUCUGUAAAAUGUUUGAUAGAAAGCAUUGAAAAUGCUACGAAACAAGCAAAAGCAGGCCCUGGGAGUCGUAGUAGUUCUACAUCUUCACUUAAUUCCAUUGGAACGAAUGACAUAAUGACAUUAAAAGCUCCACUUCGAGAACAACAGCAAAUUAAUAAUCUUAUUUGCACGACUAAUUCAACGAAUAAUAAUAAAACCCAAACCACAAUUAGAAAACCAUUGUCAGAAACAAAGUCAACAGUACCCGUAGUGUUGAGCUCUGGCGAAUUAUUAGAAUCUGCUGCUCUAAAUGCGAAGGCCAUUGACUUCGUACGUCGUAACAGCGUAACGGAUUUAUCGGAACGUAAAGAUCCUCUUUGUGGUUUAAUAAAAAAUGGAGGGUCGAAACGAAAUGCAUUGCUUAAAUGGUGUCAGAACAAAACCAUGGGUUAUCGAAAUAUAGAUAUUACAAAUUUUAGUAGCUCAUGGAACGACGGUUUGGCUUUUUGCGCUAUUCUUCAUUCCUAUCUUCCACAUAAAGUACCAUAUGACACAUUAACACCAGUAGAAAAAAGAAGAAAUUUUUCUAUUGCUUUCUCCGCGGCGGAGAGCGUUGGAAUACCUACUACAUUGAAUAUAGGGGAAAUGUGUCAAUUAGAACGACCUGAUUGGCAACAAGUUAUGACAUAUGUGACCAGUAUUUAUAAACACUUCGAAACAUAAUUUUCAAUUUAAUGUCUCCUGUUAAAAUGGAUUUUUCAUAUGUUAAGAAUUCACUACUAAAUUGUGAAUACAUCAAGAAUAAGAUCAUCUAGUCAGAUAAAAAAUAUUUUUAUGGAGACAAAAUUGUUUUAAAGAAUAUUUUAAUUUUGAAUUUCUAAGAAUUCCUGGAAUAUAACACUGCCUAUGUAUAAUCGUAAGAAAAAUAUGAAUUAUGAUGAGAUAUAAUCUAAAUGGAAUUGCUUUUUAUUAUGAGACUGAUUGUUUUUAAUAUACAUGCGUGCGUGAGUGUGUGUGUGUGUGUGUGUGUGUGUGUGUGUGGGCGCGCGUAUACGCACACAUAUAUAUGUUAAGAACCAGAAAAAAAUAUAUAGAAGCAAGAAUUUAUAAUGAAAAGAAAUAUAACUAGAAAGGAAAUGUGUUUCUAUAAAAGAAAAACAAAUAAAGAAAAAUGCAAGUUUUAUCAAA